GCUAAGUUGCGGUGCCCAGCGUCGUCCAGUCAACCCCGACGUUCCUUCAGCUGCAAGUCACGUGAGGAUCCAUCCAGCCCCGUUCGCGAGAGUCAAACCGGCGGUCUGCGAUUCCCCGAGGACCACCAACUCAUCCCGUCGCUUUAACCCAGCAACAGGAUUCAGCAGAGCACGAAGAUGAGGUCAAAAACGUGCUUCGUGACGUCCAGCGUCGCUUUCGUUUGCAUGGUAGGAAUCGUCGGAAAAUCAGCCGCGGCUAUGGAAGAAACACCAGCUUCUUCCUUGAAUCUUCAACGCUAUAAUACGAUGCUCAAUUCCGCGGGUCUCGACGAGCCCUUCCCCGAGAAGAGGGCAUACACCUACGUAUCCGAGUACAAAAGGCUACCUGUUUACAAUUUCGGCAUUGGCAAGCGCUGGGUCGACAACAGUGACGACAAAAGAGGACGCCAGUACUCCUUCGGGCUGGGCAAACGGACGAAGCAGUACAGUUUCGGUUUGGGCAAACGGACCGACAACGCGGACUACCCGAUGAGAAUGAACCUGGACUACGUGCCCCUCAACGGGCUGGCUUACCGCUCGCAGGACAACACCGACGACUUCCUCGAGGAGAAACGGGGCAUACAGCCGUACAGCUUUGGAUUGGGCAAGAGGGCGGUACGUCUGGCGGCAGGCGAACCCGCGGGGAACGGAAAGAGACCGAACGACGUGUUUGGCCAGAGAUACCACUUCGGACUUGGCAAGAGGAUGUCGGAAGACGAGGAUGACUCGUUAGAAUAGGAACUCGUCGAGGAAGCUUCGCGCGGUGACCGUGCGAGGAACCAUCCGCGAAGCAGCUCGCGUAAACGACGUAGCUCUAUUUCGAUGUCACAGAGUUCUGUUGUCAGACGAAAUAUAACGAUAACGCACCAAUAAAGACACGUUUUGAAGUUUCAAACGCCUCCUUUCCGAUCUCUGUUCUUUCCUUGUGACUGUGCCGGGAUAUUUGGCGGUGUAUGCGAGGGGAUGGUCGAACACAAGUGGAAACGCGCUAUUUUAACCUCGAAUUUUAGAAGAGCUGGUCAAGAAAUCAUUUCAUUUUUGGUAUAUAGAACCACUUGGUUUUUAGAUGUUUCGAAUUUUGUUUUAAUAUUAGGUUUUGGGCCCCAACAAAUGUGAUGGCGCAGUUCUUCUAUUUAAACGUCACGUGAGGCAAUAUGGCGCCGCGCAUGCGUAGUGCGUUGGUCACUUCUCGAGUACUCGCGCGCCAUACUUAAAAAGCUUGCACUUUCUGCUAUAAAUAUUAGUUCUAGAUAAAUAUAACAUAGGACUUUAUAGCUUUAUUUUCUAAGAUCUAUUUGUUAGUAUCAUUAACCUCGAGUGGUUUUAUAUAUCUGAACAAAUUUCUUAAGCAGCUCUUCGAGACUCGUAACUAUUAUAGACGAAUAAUUUAUUAUUAAAAUGCGUUUUCGCUUCUGAUCAUCUCCUUAAUCAACAGAGAGAAUGUGACGAGUGUCGUUGGUUUUUGCGCAGAUCAGGAAUUGAUUUCGUCGGUGUCACCUCCCCAGUAGAGAUCCCCAAUUUCGUUUGUAAUAACAGUUGCAAAUCUGGGCAAGCAUAAUUUUAAAUAAUUUUGGAAGUCACGAUCGAACGCCAGUUAGACAAAAUAUUUGCAUUCGGUUCUCGAUCUUGAUCUUCUAGAAACUUUCAUUGAUAAUGGUGUUGUAUAAACAAUUUUAUCGUUUGUGAAUAUUUUUCUUUGAUAACAACCGAAGCAUUGAUAUUUACAUUUCAGAUGAGGAGAAUAGAAAUGGACCAGUAUUAGAAGAAUAUAACUAAUGAUUAAACUAUUCAAACUGUAUCCCGACUGAAACUUGUCCAGCUGUGCACAUUUGUCACACACGAAAGUAACAACAUUUUUGGCAGUUGUAAAUUCGAUUAAACGCGUUGUUGAACAAACGGAUAUACGAGUAUCCUUCUAUGAAUCAAAUGUCAAUUUACAUUAAGCCUGAUUGUCACCUAACGCAGAAAUUUUUUUUUGCGUUUCGUCGC